AUGGCCCCUGUUCUUGUGAACUGUUGUAACCUCGCGCCAUCAAGGUGGCAUUUGGGAGGUUUCAGAACUACGAGGAAGCGAAUAUGGUUGUGGAACGAGGACAUCCAGCUUCGCAAUCGAUCCAAGCAGUUCAAUGUGUCUGAACUCAAGGCUACUGCUACCAGGAGUGUCGGUGCGAAGGCCUGCGUAUCUAUGUCGAAGACCGCAGAGGGCGGAUUUAAUAAGGUCUCCCGACUUGUGUUGGAUGAUAACUCGACGGUGAUUGCACGAAUACCAUAUCCUAACGUUGGACGUUCGUGCACGACAACUGCGUCGGAAGUUGCGACCAUGGAGUUUGCUCGGACUGUCCUUGGAAUACCUGUCCCAAAAGUCUUAGCUUGGAGUGGAAAAGCGGAUAACCCUGUGGGAUCUGAAUAUAUACUUAUGGAGGAAGCUACUGGGAGGCAACUUGGUGAGAUCUGGGAUGAUCUGAAGCUUGCUGAUACGUCGAAGAUUGUGGAGGACAUCAUUGCUAUUGAAAAGAAGCUCCUACCUCUAUCGUUUACGCGUUAUGGAAGCCUCUACUUGGUGGUCGAUGCGUUUCCGGGCUGCGAAAAGGCUGAAAUUGCGAGUGAUGCACCACAGUCACAGAGGGAGGAAGUCAAGAGUCGUUUUGUGAUAGGACCAGUGUCCAAUAACGACUUCUGGGACAAAGAACGGGCACCUUUGGACAUCGAUCGUGGCCCUUCUUUACAACAAGUUCAUGGAUGUUCCGACUGUCUUUUGCCGAAUAAUAAAGAGCUGAACAGGUCUACCGUCCGGCACUGGGAUAUACAUGCUCCGAAUCUACUUGUUAAGGGGAACAAGGUUACUGGAGUUAUAGACUGGCAGGAUAACUGGGCUGGCCCUCUCUUCACCCAAGCCCGACGUCCGAAAUUAGUAGCUUACAAUGCAAUCAUGCUGGAAUUGCCCGACCACUACAGGGAUAUUGAGGACAAAGCCGAGAGAGCUCGGAUUCGAGCUCAAGUGGAAAAAGGACAAAAUCCAGUCCUCCACGAGAUCUUUGAGUUGCCUCACGGGCGGACAAGGAAAGAGACUGCAGUAUUUUCUACAAACACAUGGGAUGGCGAUAUCUUACCCUUCAGGCAGUGCCUCAUCCGUGUUGCGCGCCAUUGGGACGAGGUGAACGACGAGGUUGCUUGUCCGAUUAACUUCAAAAACGAGGAACUGAAAACACAGUAUCGAGAGGGCGAAGGUUGGAAUGAGCAAGCUGACACUGGAACGCACUGCGAGGGUUUGUGGAGCGUGAUGGUUGGACUUCGAAUGAGGAUUACGAACGUGCACUUGAAACCUUCGCUGAACUUAGAGAGCUUGGAUUACGGGAUCUAA